UGUCCUGUUGGGGAUCUGGACCUUGUUCACUGGGCCUGUGUUUGCUUAGACCUGCCGCGGUGGAGCACAUUGCUUUAACAUUAACAACACUGAUAUGUGGACAAGGAAGAAGUGUGACAGGUGAUCGUCCCCAAAUCCGCAGGCUUGGACGCACUGAGCUGGUGUGAGAGUGUGAGAGAGAGAGUGUGUGUGUAAGGGUGGAUGUUUGUAUGGAUGCGAGUGACUGCAUGCAGAUUUAGGACCCCGGCCUGAUGGAAAAGAGAGACAGGAAGCCGGGAUAUUUUGCCAGGCUGAAGAGACGGCGACAGCUCAAGCAGAGCCAAUCGGAUAAGAAUGUGACCGAGCAGAACCCGGCUGUUAUUUCCUGUCCAGACAUCCCGAAUGACAAGGACCCCAAGAAGAAGACCGACCUGCAGAGAAUAACAGCAAAGCCCCAUGCAGCCUCAGACGAUGGCUGUAAAAGUAACAAUCAGGCAAAGAGGGAGAAGAAGAGACCACCAGGGACAGUGGAGUUCAUUGUGGGACCUCAUGACUCCCUCAACAGCAUCGCACUCAAGUUCAACGUCACCCCCAACAAACUGGUCCAGCUGAACAAGCUCUUCUCUCACAGUGUCUACCCUGGUCAGAAGCUGUUCGUCCCCGAUGUGAGCCUGUCAGAAGCUGACCUAAAGCCUCAGAGUUCCUCUGAUCCCUCCUGUACAAAUGGCCUAUCGGAGAAAGCAUCACAUGACGGCAGGUCACCCUGCAGGUCAACGAUGUCCCUCCGACGUGAGCUCUCCCCGAACUCAGAGGACGAGAGCCCGGCAACGGUUAAAUUCAUCAAGAUGAGCUGCAAAUAUUUCACUGAUGGCAUGGGUGUGGUGGGAGGCGUACUGAUCGUGACCCCCAACAACAUCAUGUUUGACCCCCACAAGUCCGACCCCCUGGUGAUCGAGCACGGCUGCGAGGAGUACGGCCUGAUCUGCCCCAUGGAGGAGGUCGUCUCCGUGGCGCUCUAUGACGACGUCUCGCGCAUGAAGCUCAAAGAUGCUCUGCCAUCAGACCUACCCCAGGAUUUGUGUCCUGUGUACAGGCCCGGCGAGUGGGAGCAACUGCCGUCAGAGCAAGAUCUGAACCCCUUCAGCCGCUAUAAAGCUCUUGAUCCGAAACGGCCAAUCGUCUUGGACGACAUCGAAUCAACCCUCUCAGAAACUGCGAGCACAGAGGGCGAGCAGACAGAGAAGUCUCCCUCAGACGAAGGAUUCACAGAAUUGGAGCCGACUGUCAACGGGAGCACUGAAGAGGCCGAGGGGACGUCCUCCAAAACAUCCGGCAUCGUCAUCAGGGACCAACAGGGACCAAGCCGCCCGGGCCGGGGAGACUUUCAGGACAAAUCGAUUCUUGGUCAAACUAAAGUGAAGCUUGACGAUGAAGAGGAUGAGGGCGUAGCUCAGAACAGCUCCAUCGAGGACGGCGAGUCAAUACAAUCCUCUUUAGAGACUGAAAAACAGGGCGAGUCGCGUGAUAAACCUUCAAACCAAGAGGAAACCAAAGACACAAAACCUAAAGGGACCGAAGAGCUGCUAAAUGGUGCACAUUAUGAAAUCAUCAGCGCACCAGUGGACCAAAACAGGAAAUUAAGCCUGAGGGGGACUUCUGUGGUUUGUGGGGAAUCGAAUCCUAAGAAACAAAGCCCAGACAGACCAGCAGGGGGGGCUGAACUCAGUGAGGAGGAGAGACGGAAGAAAAGCUACGAGGCGGAAGUGAAGUCAUGGCUGCUGGAGAGGAUGCAGGCUCCAAUAGAAGACAUGCUUUUCUCAUCAGAGGAGAAGAGUAAAAUCCCACCGAUGUUCCUGUGCUUCAAAGUGGGGAAGCCUAUGAGGAAGUCCUUUGCCAUCGGUAUGACCUCUAGUCCUGCCCACUCAUUUGGGGGCCGGGGGAAACAGCCGGAGUACUGGUUCGCUGUGCCACAAGAAAGGGUGGACCACCUGUAUGCAUUUUUCGUCCAGUGGUCCCCGGAUGUGUACGGGAAGGAGGCUCGAGAGCAGGGCUUCGUUGUGGUGGAGAAAGAUGAGCUGGACAUGAUCGACAACUUCUUCAGUGACCCUGCAUCGUGCAGCUGGGAGAUCAUCACCAUCGACGAGGCCAAGCGUAGGCAGAGUUUCAGCAGCUGUGACGGAGAAUUGUCAUUGGAUGCGCUGCCCAUACUCAGUGAUACCAGUGAUCUGAUGCAGGACACACACAUUGAGAAGCUUGCCUGUCGCUUGCCGGCCCGUGUGCAGAUGUACCCCUGGAGGCUGGCCUACAGCACUGUGAAGCACGGGACCAGCCUGAAGACUCUGUACAGGAGCCUGGCAGACGUGGACAGUCCCGUGCUGCUGGUCAUCAAAGAUAUGGAUAACCAGAUAUUUGGGGCUUUCGCGACUCAUCCCUUCAGAGUGAGCGAACACUGCUACGGCACCGGAGAGACAUUCCUCUUCAGCUUCUGUCCUGAAAUCAAGGUUUACCGCUGGACGGGGGAGAAUUCUUACUUUGUGAAGGGCAACACUGAUUCUCUUCAGAUGGGAGGAGGAGGUGGUCAGCUGGGUCUGUGGCUGGAUGCUGAGCUGUUCCGAGGAACCACCAACAAGUGCGCCACCUUCAACAACCAGCCCCUCUCCGCCCAGCAGGACUUCAACAUCCACAGCGUGGAGGUCUGGACCUUUGAGUAGCCUCGCCUGCUCCCAGCUACUCCUGUAGUCACUCCCAGCUCCAAAACCCCCCCCAAGUCUAUUACGCACCGCUCGGAGGCAAACCUAGCCAUCCGGCAUUGACGCUAAAUGUUCUGUGAGAGAAGCGAGUGCGGUUGUUACGUUGACUGGAAACAGAGAAGGGUUUUCUGUUGGCUGUUUCUAGGUGGGGUUUGACCUGCAGGUAGGUUGGCCAGUUCACGUCUGGGUCCUCCUUCCUUUAAAGGUGGAAGUGUGAGAAAAUGUGGUUGCUCUCAGUUCAUUAGCUGCCUUAGACAUCCGUCAACGCCUCCAGCUUCCCCAGCAUGCAGACUGCCAUAAGCUCAUGAGGAGAGAGAGAGAGAGAGAGAAGAAGGAUGCUUAUGUUGAGGUUAUCCUGAAAAAGGAUUUUAUGUGUGUAUUAAAGAACAAGGUAUCCCAUAAUGCAUUUGGUUAAUUUGUGCAGAAUUAAUGAUGUAAUUAGUAUAUUUGGGAAUGUACAGGUUUAUGUGAAGACAAAGUGAAGUUUGGAAUCUUUUUUUAUUUAAUUUUUACGAUUCAAUGAAUUUCAUACUUAAAGGUUGUGUAGUUUGUCAGGGAGAUUUUUUUGGGAUCCUCCAAAAUUAAAUUAGCUUUCAGAGCGGGAAAGGUUGUAAUUGUUUACAAUGGAGGUCUUGCACUUCCUCUGAGCGGUGUCUUGUUCUCUUAUUUUUUAGGGUUUUAGAUGACCUGAAUGAGAAUGAUGCAUUGCAUUUCCUCACAACUACAUUUUAUGUUUUAAUUCCCCCGUACAAUCCAAAACAAGCGGUAAAACCAGGUUUGCAAUGACCAAAUAUGUUCUAUUUUAAUUUCACAGUUGUUGUGAGCGCAUUAUAUUUUAUAAAAUAUUUUAGACUUUUUUUAUUUUUAAAAUUUUAUUUUUUCAUUCUGUUUUUACAAAGAAUGCUCGGUUGUGGGUUUUUUUGUUUUUUUUUUUAAUGGUUGUAUUUUUAUAGAAAUGUUAUGUUAAAUGGUUCUGUUUCUGAUUGGACCCGAUAAGCACUAUUGAUGACUGUUUGUCAGUAUUGAAUUCAUAUCUCACGCCGAAUGAUUUUAUCUCUUUUUUUUAUUUUCAUCUGUUUUGGUUGUUUUUGUUCAGAGAGCCAGUAGAGGUUUAACAUGACAUCACUUUGCACUACAAGUUUAAUGGACAGUCAAUGCUGUGUUGUGGCCCAGUGUAAUCAAGAAUUGCUUCAAUGUCAAAUUUAAACUGAAUGUUAUUUGAUUACCACUACAGGAGGGAAGCUUCCUGUCCAACCACAGGUCAGCCUCUGCUUUACUUUAAAAUGGAUGUAAAAGGGAGGGUUUGUUUUUGCACUCUGGUAUGCCACUAACUAAAGAUCCAGAUCUACUAACACGGAAAAGAAAAGUUCAUUUAUAUCUUGUGUAUCCGAUACAGGCUUGUAGUGCAUGAAUGUGCGAUACUGCAAGACUGCAUGUGUGACAUCACUGUUGUUAUACCUGCCAUACUAGUCACUCAUACCAGUUAUCGCUUCAUGUGAAAAUGAGCUUUGUUGUCUUGUGUUGUAACUGUGAAUGCUCCCUGAGUAUUAUUUCUCGUGAAUCCAAAACUGCUGUGAUAUCACUUAGGAUCUAUUUAUUGUGUUGUUAUAGCAAACACAUUUAAACCUAAAUAAAUGUUAAAUAUAUACAU